AUGGCUGGCUUUGCCCUGUCUAAGGGACAAUCUACCUUCGACAACCUUCAAGAAUUCGGAAUACCGGAAGACCUUGGGCGUGUGGUAUUCGAUAUGGCCGAGGAUCAGACUAUGAUCCUCCGUGAUCCCAUCACGUUCCUAGGACUCAAUGAGCCUGGACUUGGAGAGGCUGAGAUUGAGGCAUAUGAAAAGACUCUACGUCGCUGGAAUGGAACGGCGAUGACGCAACCUCUGGAGCAAGCGGCUUGGAGGGAAAUCCCUGUCGCCUAUAUCCACACCACGAAGGACUUCCCGAUCCCUCUCCUGGCACAGCAGAGCAUGGUCCGGUUCCUUGAGAAGGAAGGCCGCAAGGUCCAGACAUUCACCAUCGAGACUGGUCACUGUCCCCAUGUAACAGCGACCGAGAGCGUUGUUGACGCCAUCAACAAGGUUGUGUUUACUGAUGGAGUUGCUUGA